GACUAUAGACCGUAAGCCAUUCAGACAACAAAGUGUCCCGGGAGGGGAGAGGAGUGGGGAAGAUAUUCUUCCUUUGACAAAAUAGCUACUGUAUACUUUAAGAUCUGAUGAAAGGGGACAAGCAUGAAGUAGCAUUUUAGAAGGCACUGGUUGUGUUAUCAUACAACAGUGAUAAACAGUGGUUUCAACAUGGAUUCAGAGGAGGUCAUGGUGGAAAUGAAAGAAACUGGAAAGUCGCCAGAUUCUCAACCAGGCCAAGCAGUCCCUCUUUCUGUAGUCUCAGGGUUGCGAAUAAUCCUGAUCGGAGAGCGAGAGGCAGGGAAAAGUGCUGUGGGCAACGCCAUCCUGGGCAGUGAGGUGUUUGACACGGUGGGGGUGAGAACAAGGGAGGCGGUAAAGCGGCAAAGAGAGGUGGCUGAGAGGCAGGUGACGGUGGUGGACACGCCUGGUUGGGAGUGGUUCCCCUCCAGGGGCUCCUCUCUGGGGGUCCGGAGGGAGAUCGUCCGGGGCGUGUCGCUGUGCCAGCCUGGCCCCCACGCCGUGCUCCUGGUGGUGCCCCUCUCCUUCUCCUUUACCAAACGGGAGCGGCAGGCGGCCGAGGAGCAUGUGGAGCUGUUGGGGGAGCGGGCUUGGGGGCAUACCGUGGUGCUGUUCACGGUGAAGGGUGGGCGGCUGAAGGAUGCCACCUUAGAGGAGGAGGUGGAGGAGAGCGAGGAGCUCCAGGGCCUGGUGGAGCGAUGUGGGGGCCGCUAUCAUGCCCUGUAUGGCAGGUCCAGGAAGGGCCACGAUGCCGUGGCGGAGCUACUGGAGAAGCUGGACAACAUGGUGGCCAAGAACAGAGGGGAGUUGCUCUCCAGCGAGGAGGUACUGGAGGAGGCCAGGGAGAAGGAGGAGGAGGAGGAGAGGAGGCACCAGGAGGAGGACAGGGAGAGAGAGGAGGAUCUGAGGAGGGCCAAGGAGGCUUUGAGAGAGCUGGAGAUGGAGGAGGAGAAAGAGGAUGUGCAAGGGGAGGGAGGGAAGGCCACAGAGGAGUCCACGAGACAGCAGAGAGGGAGGAGGAGGUACACCGAUGAAAAAUUAGACACAGGUGUGGAAAGCAGCUCAGCCGAUCCUACAUCAGCCCCACCACACCUCACCUGGUCUGACCUCAGGGCCAUUAGAGAUCAGAGAUGUAAGACACAAUAAAAUAGGGGAGAAGACACAGAAAGACGAAGAACUUGCUGACUUCCUGAUGGUCUAUAACAUUAUACUGACUACAGUCCAAAAGAUAUUCAUAUCUUGGAUAUGGACUGCCAAUAUACACUGAGUAUACAAAAUAAUGACUAUCUUUCCAUGACAGACUGACCAGGUGAAUCCAGGUGAAAGCUAUAUUCCCUUAUUGAUGUCACUUGUUAAAUCAACUUCAGUCAGUGUAUAUGAAGGGGAGGAGGUUAAAUAAUGAUUUUUAAGCCUUGGACUGUAUAUGUGUGUCAUUCAGAUGAUGAAUGGGCAAGACAAAAUAUUGAAGUGCCUUUGAACGAGUUAUGGGAGUAGGUGCCAGGCCCACUGGUUCAUGACAAGAACUGAAACUCUUCUGUGUUUUUUGUGCUCAGCAGUUUCCUGUUUGUAUCAAGAAUGGUCCACCAACCAAGGAAGGGGGGGGGGGGGUCCUAAUGUUUGGUAUACUCAGUGUAAUUGUCCAUGGACAAAUAUCAUCAGUUUUGAGAGUCUUAAGGUAUCUCUGAACUGGACUGAAAUGUGUCAUCACAUGUUCGUUAACUAUUUGAUAUAACUCAUCUUCAUGCAUACAACACUGUGUGAAGGAUUUCCCAUCAAUCUGCAUGUUCAAAUCAAAUCAAAUUUUAUUGGUCACAUACACGUGUUUGGCAGAUGUUAUUGCGGGUGUAGCAAAAUGCUUGUGCUUCUAGUUCUGACAGUGCAACAAUAUCUAACAUGUAAUAUCAAUAUAACAAUUUCACAACAAAUACCUAAUACACAUACAUCUAAGAACAAUGAAUGGAAUUAAGAAUAUAUAAAUAUAUGGACGAGCAAUGUCAGAGCGGUAUAGAUUAAGAUACAGUAGAUAGUAUAGAAUACAGUAUAUACAUAUGAGAUGAGUAAUGCAAGAUAUGUAAACAUUAUUAAAGUGACAUUAUUAAAAGUGA